AAAGACGUAUAUCUGGUAAAGCAAUAUUUACAGUGGAAUUUACAGAAGAACCAGUAGAGGAAGAUAAUGAGGAAGAUAAUGAGGAAAAUCAUUGAUAAUAAAAAAAUAAAAAAAGCUGCUAACAUCGACUCGGAAACGGUGAAGGAUUCAAUUCUGAUCUAAAAAUCAAGCGGAUCAUGCGCCCAACAGCUGCACGAUCAAAUCGAUCAUCUGUACAUCACCCUCGAUCAUCCCCGACUCCAAGUCCAUCGACAACGUCCGUUUGUCAUCAGCCACAACAGCAACAAAUUCUAUAUGCUCCCAUCAGUAAUCCAAUGGUGACUCUUCAAUCAUGUGGAACAGUGCUUCAUCCUGCGUGCGUUUAUCCGAACGUUCAAUCUUAUGUUGGUUCACCGAAUUUCUCUACUUUACAUCUUCAAGGUAAGAAUAAUCGAUGGCAUUCCAAGAACAAACCAUCCCGUGGUCAACUAUACUAUCAACAACAACAGCCGCUUUCUUGCAAUUCGAAACCUGUGAUGCUCCUUGAUCAACCGUCUUCUAGCAUCGCUCCGAUUCCAUCGUCGACUACGUCCUUUUUAGUAGCUUCGUCUACAUUUGCUGGACCGUUAUCCAGCGAACAUUACAACAAUAAUUCCAGAAUGACGCAUCUGUCACCGCAAUCGUUCAACUUUAAGCCGUCAAACGUACAGGCCUUCUGCCUUAUCCAGGACCGACAAAACGCCCAGCAACAGCAGCAGCAUCCGAUUCAAGCUUCUUAUUACAAUAUUUCGGCCACAAACACCUGCAGUCUGCAAACUGUCAACGCCAACUCAUCCUUCCCGCUUCCGAGCCUCAAUCCUUAUACUAAUCCUUAUACUAAUCUAACCACCUUUAAUACCAAUCAAUUCCCUACGAUGAUGCAAUCUUCUCCGUUCUGCGGAGAUUCGUCUGCUGGUCUAGUCCUCGCUCCAACGCGAAAGGACAAGUCUUUGUCCUCGUCUGAUUUUUCUUCGUUCAAGAAUAACGCGAGCAAGAUACCACCAAGCAUCUGUGAAUCUCAAAUUGUUCCUGUCACUCAUAGCGACAACUUUAACGGCUGGCCGUCUCAGAUCGAAACAUCUCCCAAGAAUUCGUGCGACGCACAUACGGCAGGUAACAACAAGAGUCUUAAAUCUGCUGAUCGCGUUUCGCAAAAACCUAUUUCCGUGAAGACCGAUGAAGAGCAUUAUUCCGAUGAAUCUUCGAUCAGCUUUGACUUCACCAUCGAGGCCGAGAAGAUGGUCUCUGCUCUAUGCAAUACCACAUCCUCCAACGAUUUAGGUAAAGAGGAAUUGAAGCCCGAUAAUAAAACUGACUCUGCGCCAUUUAGUGGCGCCGGCGACAAUGUUCCUAACAAGGCGAAUUGGUUCACCGAUUUUUGCUCCAAGUAUGAAAAUGGAACGUCGAUAGGUGUUCAAACAGAUACCUAUUCGUGUAUCGAUAGAUCACAAUAUCCAGAGUUAAUCCGAAAGACGGUUUACUGGGGAUGCACGGAAGCAGAGAUCGUGCUCGGCUCCAUCGAUUCGCAAGCGGAUUCUAAACAAAACUGGUUAACGUGUCUAUCAUCCGCCACCAGAACAGCAAUCACCAAGUCUUCGACUUGUAUCCCGGUCUUCGCGGGAGAUCGAACUCUCGCUAAUGAUCUUAUAAACGCUCUUCUGCGUAUCAGCAAUGGAUGGCUGAGUCUCGAUAACUACUUGAACAAACAACACUUUCCCAAUUUAUUUGAUAGAUUGGAGCCCGAGUUAAUCACAUGCUUUCAUAUAUGGGAAGAGAACACGUGUGAACUAUUAAAACAAAUAGUGCGGACCUUUCAGAAAUUCGGGGAGAAUAACGAAAUGACAGAUCGAAAAUAUAAUACGAUUUGCGGACCUUCCUCAUUUCCAGGCGACGUAUCGCUCUAUACAAAUUAUAAUCUCUUCGCUCAACCUUCUUCGAGUUCCUCUGCUCAGCAAAACACAAUUAGAAAAGCUUCUCAAUGCGACGUCGAAAAUCCACCCACUGCGACGUCGAGGAGCAAUUUACAUAAUUUUCAACACAAUUCCAGUCAACAAGAGCAACAAUCGGCUGCUCAGAAAGAAAGUAAAUUACGGAGCAAGUGGACGAUUACCGAGAAUUUAUCGUCCGCGAUUAAUACCACCAAGUCCGUGCCUAACGUGCAUAUGACUGAUAUUGGUGGUCUGGCGAAGCUCCGUACGAAAAACGCAUCCUCUACAUCCCGGAAGCGUGAUUCCACUCAAAAAUCGCUGAAUGCCGAAUUCUGUCAACUGAGGAACAAAGUGAUGGAGACGAGCACGAAUGCGACGAAGGACAGGAAACACGACUUGAAAUCAGAACAUAAACUUGUAGUAUCACAUAAUUCAUCCGAUCAGUCCUUCCGACUGCAGCGUCCAGCGAAAAGCACUCCUUUAACUUACAGUGGACUGUAUGCGCAGAACUGUCUAUCCUUCACAUUUCCUUUGCCCGGUAAUCCAAGCUCUUCGUAUCCCGUGUCCAAUCCGGGAAUCUUAACUUACGGCGGUUAUCUCUCUUCUGGAUAUUCUUGUCCGAUUACCGAUGUUAAUUCGAGUAGUAAAAAUCUCGAGCAAAAUUAUGGAACUAAGAACGUCCAUUCGACUUACGUCAGCAAAUCGCAAACCGAUCGAAUGGAGUUCCCGGCUGUGCCCAGGAAUAAGAUGACUCUGCUCAGCCAAAUCGAACCGAGAACAUUCGACAAGGAGUCCAAAGAAAUGGCUGCCAAUCUGUCGGCCUGGUUCGCCAGCAUGCGAAACGCGCAACCUCCGGCGACCACGGCCAAUUUCGAGGAGUCAAAGAAUGAGAAUUCGGGAUCGCGAUUAUUCGCUCAACAAGAGAUGCCAAAGUACUCGAGCGUGCCCAAACAGCCACCGAUCGAUGCAACUCGACAGUUUCAAGCGUUGCAAAAUCUGCCAAAUAUUCAGAGCACUCCGUGGGCUGCUGGCAACUUCAUCAAUCGUUAUCAGACGCAUCACGCGCCAGAAGAGUACGAUAGCUCCGAGGAUGUGCGGGUAUAUAUGAAGCCAGGAAGCUAUAACGUCCCGAGGAAGAGGCAUCAAAGAAGAUCCAAUCGUCGAUCAGACAACAGCAAUACGUCACGUAACGUGCAUGUAACAAGCAGUCAUCACAAUGUGUGUGGCAGUAAAGGGAAGAAUAUAUUUGCAUCAUCGACACCUUUAUCGCACACAAACGCGCCGACUGCCAACAUCAGUAACGCUACGCUAAUAAAGACGUCGUUCCCGCCAGCUUCGCAGCUACCUGCUCCUCUGUUCAAUCUCGAGAACUCACCUAGGAUCUUAAAGCGCGCGGAAUCUUUAUCGCAGGAUGCGCAUCAGGAUGUUACGUGGAAAGCUGCGUGCGCUUCAGCUGAGAUACUUCUCGAGGCUCUUAACGUAAAGGAUUGUGACAAUGCAUGCAGAAAGAUCGAUUGCAUUGAUAAUAUCAAGAAAGAUGAUCAGAACAAAGAGAAUGCAGAGAUAUUACCAAUGACGUCGCAGAGUGAUCUGAAAUUACAAAAGCGCAAUAACGUCGAUUAUGCCUCGUCCUAUGAAGCCUCAGAAGAUGACUCGGGGUCCACAUGUAGAUUAUCGCCCACUACAAGCGUCUUAUCAGUAUCCCAAUUGCACGAGGAAGAGAAUGCUCUCGGCAUCAAGACCAACGUGAAAACGGACUCCUGGCUGAUCAGGACUCUCAAUAAUGCGAGUGUCGUCGGCAAACAGAAGCGACACAAGGACGACGUAGAUCCAGGAAGUUUGGAAUCUUCGAAUAACUCGGAGAUUGCCGAUGUAAAACUAGAUCAGUUCGCAACGUCGUCAACUGCGGAUGCAGAUACGAAAAUUCUUGCGACAAUCGUCGACAGUGAAUAUCCAGCAAUCUUCUCCCGCGAGCAUAUCUCUGGAUUUUUCUCGAGAAACGACGAAACACCGAAAGAAUCAGAAAGUUAUAUUGGACGAGCUACGUACUCCGAGACGGUGCGAAGAUCUAUAAAAUCGAACAACGUGCAUUUGGAGAGAAAAGAGACAUGCAAGCCAUGUACGACUACCUCGUCGAUGGCUACUGUAAUACCAAUUCCUGGCCGCAAGUGUCAGAGAAAAGAUUCUGAACAAUCUUAUCAGCUCUUACAUAAAUCGCGAAGAUCAUCUGAUAAGAAAAUAAUAAAAAGUGCGGGCGGCAACGAUCUCCAACUAGAGGAAGGAUCGUGCACAAAAGUCAGCGAUGUUAAGUCGAAUAGUGUAAUACCAAAAUUGUCAAUCACUUCGAAAGCUUAUGGAAAAAAAGAUUUGGAACACUCGAAAGACAAAUGUAUCAAAUCGAGCGAUCAUGGCUGGUCAGUGUGGUACAGUUCCAGGAGAAAACAGAGCCUCAGUCCUCUUGCGCUUAGUAAGCUGGAAACGAUUCAUCAAACUAUCUGCCAAAUGGACGAAGCAAAGAUCUUCAAGUAUCCACUGUCAUGCGAUAAUAAAGAUGGUCAAUCUCUGUCCGCAGGAACAGUGGAAGAUCAUUGCAAGGUUGUUAAAAGCCCAAUGUUUCUCGAGAUUGUCGAAUAUAAGCUGAAAAAUCGGAUUUAUCACAAAGUUGAACAUGCCAUAAAAGAUUUCCGCCGCAUUAUUCAUAAUGCGAGACUAUAUCAUCAGCAUGACGUUGAGCGACAAAGAAAGAUCGAGGUGCUCUCGAAGAAAUUGGAAGACUUACUCGAGGAACAUUUUCACAAUUGGGAUUUUGAAAAUAUCAUCGGCAGUCCGAGAGAAGAUCCAUCGAUGCAGCUGCGAUUGAAAACGAUUGGACAGAAAUCAAACGCGGGACGUUGCGAUAGCGCAAAAAAGAGCGCUUCGUUGGCCAACGUGGAGAAUUCUUCAUUCCACUGACUGUUUCCAUAUAAAUAUCAUAUAAACUCCAAAUCAAUCGAUUUAAUUUCCUGCUAACAAAACUAGCAUUAUCAUUACAUCGACCGAGGAAGUAUUAUAUGUAAUAAUUUCUUCUAAUCACGCGAAUCAUAUUUUGUACGAUUAAUUAAUAAUGUCGUUUCUUUCCAUUUUCGAAAAUCGAUAUCAAUGUUCGACGACUAGUAAACACUUUGUUGAACUUUUAUGUCUCGAUUUUCGAUGAGACGAAAUUUUAGACGAUUUCAUUAAUUUUGAAAUGUGCACGGAUAUAUUUUGCCCAUUGAUCCCAUAUAGUGAUUUCUUUACGAAAAAAAAAUCUGUAUUAAACAUCGUAAAUGUAUGAAUCGACUGAUAUUGAAUUUAUUAGAAGAACAAAAAAUAGUGCAAUGAUAGUAAGAGGUAUCAACAAUAAUGUAAUUUCCACGUUUAUUGUAUGUGUUAUGGCUCUAUUACUAAUGAAUGAUUUUGAUUUUUUAACUUCGAUACUUUUGUUGAGGUGUCGUUAAUAAGAAUCAGAAUAAUAUGAAAAAAAUC